CGUAUAGCACUCCGAAAGAGUUACAAAGUUUAGAGUUAUGGAAGAAUUUGUUAAAACAGAAAUAAAGUCCAUCAUGGCCGAAGGUGCGUUCGGUAUUAAUUGUAACUUAGUGUCGUUUCACGUGUAUAAUGAUAUAAUUGAAAAAAAAGAUUGGAAGUACAAAGCAAUAUUUGGGGUGAUUGUAACAUCAGACGAAAUACAUUACUCCGUUUUUAUCAAGUUAAAGAAUUGCGAUAAAAUGAGUGUCGAUGGACCGUUGGCAAAUGAUGUAAAUGCUCUUUCUUUAUCACGGUUUUUUUAUGGUCGCAACAAAGGCGGUGAAUUUGCGGAAAAGGAUUUAAUUGUUUUCGAAAAUGUUAAUACCUUAGGCUAUCGUUUUACAGAAGAGCAAAUCUUCCUGGACUACGAUCAUUUAAUAAUUGCACUUCAGGCUAUUGCAAAGUGAGUUGAUUUAAUUUUAGACAAUAAUAAAUAUUAGAUGUAAAUACAAUUAAUCAGAUGAUUGACUAUAUGGAGCAUAAAAUUUACAAUAUGAUAAAAAUCACCGAAACAAAACAUGCAUAGUUCAUAAGUACAUAAUAUAUUGGUUGAAAAGACAACAAAAAUUAUAGCUGUCCAUCACACUGAAAUAAAAUCAUAAAGAAACCAUUAAAUUGUAAAAUAUAGAAUAGAAUACUUGGAAAACUAUGGAUUCAUACCUUUAUCGCCAACCUAACCUGACCGUGACGUGUGCCUGUUAUCGAUUGGCCGAUUUAAUUUCACGUAACCACGAUCWACCACUGUAAAUUUUCAAAGUCAUGAACAUCUCAACUUUAAGUUACGACUAUAUUGAACUGAAAAAUAACAGGUCAAUAUUAACCUAGACCUAAG